GUAGUUGACAUAAGAGCGAAAAAUCUGUCGUGAUCCGGCCCGGGGUAUUCCUCGUGUGCAGACAGGAUCUUUUUAAAAUUGAAAUAAAACCCUCCUGGCGAUUUCACGUACAUCGUCGACUCUAAAUCCAUCGUUUCUUUUAAGUAUUUGCGUUUUUUUUCUGAACCGGAAGACCUAAAAGAAAUCAAAGUUCGCACGGAGGUGACAUCUGGCUGCUCCACACCUGACUUCAUUGAAUGAGGUGUUACACCAAUUAGCAUUUGUUUUGGUUCGAUACCCAUACAAUAUUGAACACGCCCAACUCUUAGUCAGAAGCAGCUGGACACAUACUCAUAUAAAUCUGCAGGUUAACGGUGACGAGCUGGCGCAGGUUGUGGGUUGUCCGUGGAUAAUGCGAGACAGUGGCGGUAGCCUGGCCCAGAACUGCUGGCAGGGAGACCUGGGUCUGACCGCUGUCGGGCAGGACGACACAGGAGGAGGUGGGAUUCCUGGAGACCACCUCAUAGUCCCGGUGUCAGGCCACAGUGUACCCAGUCCCAUGCACCUCAGACUGGGGCAGAAAGAGAAAGUGUGGACUCGCGAGUAUGUAGAUGAGGAGGAGGAGGAGGAGGAGGAUGGGAUGGGUGGCAUUGAGACAAUAGGUGACGAGCAAGACGAAAACAAUCUGGAUGGUGAGGACAAGGGCGAGUUCGGGGGCAAGGAUUGGGAUAACAAUGAGGAGGAAGAAGAGGAGGAUGAAGUGGAAGACGAAGGAGACCAAGCAGAGGUGGAAUGGGAGAUCCCAGACUUUCCCUUCCAGUCCACCCAGCACCCUCAUUCACUACAGCAUCAACAUUAUGGACCACAGCAGAGGGCUGAAGACGCUGGCGACGUCGCUGUAGAGGAUACUCUCUCCCAGGCCGAGGCAGUGGAUCUGUUCAGGUCCCACUUCAGCAGGUACAGGGCUCUGAGGAGGCUCAGGCGCUGGCAGCGUAUGCGAUCCCACGGAGGCCCUGGAUUUCGGCUCAGUCAGCACUGGAAAAGCUGGCGCCAACGGGCCCAGUGGGUAUGCUUUCUAGGGCACCGGUGGAGUCGGAGAGGGCAAAGGUACAAUUUGUACGGCAAGCAGAGGAGGAUAAAACGGUAUCAGCAAUUACCAUACGAUGGAGACGAUGACAGCAACAAUGAGAGGUUCAUGGAGUCUGACAGAGAUCAGCAGAUAAAUGGCUGUUCUCCAGACAAGCAAGAGGACAGAGGGAGACGGGAAGCAGAGGUCAAACCAGUGGAGCUGGCCCUUACUGAAGAACACAUAAGCUGUGUGACUGGCAUUCUCGAAGAGUCUCUACAGCAGUAUGGCAGUUUGAUCCCCAUCCACGUGGAUGACAUCGUGGAGAAGCUUCAGGACAUCUUCAGUGAGAGCUUCUCUCAGCCACACAGGAAAGCAGUGGUCCAGCACCUAAUACAAUCCUUCCAGCGUUCAUCAGGAUCAGCCCUGGCUAAAACAUUCAGAGUCAACUACAAACGCCAUGUUCUGACUAUGGAUGACCUGGGCACUCUGUAUGGACAGAACUGGCUCAACGACCAGGUUAUGAACAUGUAUGGUGACCUGGUCAUGGAUUCUGUGCCAGAGAGGGUUCACUUUUUCAACAGCUUCUUUUAUGAUAAGCUAAGGACAAAAGGCUAUGAAGGAGUCAAACGGUGGACAAAAAAUGUCGACAUCUUUCAGAAGGAUCUGUUGUUGAUCCCCAUACACCUAGAAGUUCAUUGGUCGCUGGUCAGUGUUGACAUUCCUCGUCGAGCCAUCACUUACUUCGACUCUCAGCGGACCCUCAACAGACGCUGCCCAAAGCACAUUUUUAAGUAUCUCCAAGCAGAGGCCAUCAAAAAAGACCAACAAGACUUUUUGACGGGAUGGAAAGGCUUUUUUAAAAUGAAUGUGGGUCGUCAGAACAACGACAGCGACUGUGGGGCUUUUGUGCUACAGUACUGCAAGUGUCUGGCAUUAGGGCAGCCGUUCGGCUUCGGCCAGCAGGACAUGCCCCGGCUGAGGAGGCAAAUGUACAAAGAACUAUGUCACUGCAAACUCAUCCUGUGACCAAGCACCACCACCAGCCCCCUCCCCUGCCCAUCCCCGCCCCCGCCCCCGCCCCCCCCAAAAAAAACCGAGCCCGCCAUCUCCACUCGCUCCAACCCCUAACCCCGACAAGAUGGAGGGACAAUGAUAUAACAAGAAGAGGACAAGGGGAGCAAAUGAUUGACUGGAAGAAAAAAAAAAAAAAAAAGAGAAACUUUUCGAAAAAACUUUUAUUUUUUUUUUCUCUGCCAAUAUCCAGAGAAAUGACUUCUACUGUAGGUGAUGUCAUUGUUUUGCUUUGUUUUGUCUCUCUUUGCUUCCCUUUCUCCACCAUUUGAAAACUCUGAUUUAAUAAUGUCCGUGUUCCGGUUAUUCCUUUGCGGUUGACAGAGGCCAAGACUAGCUUCCUUUUUUUUUUUUUUCCGAAAUGUGCUAAUCCUCCAUCUUCUUGCAAGUCCAUUCGUGCUUUUGGGUUCCGAACGCGAGCACGAUGGUGGAGAUAUCUAAAGAAUCCAGUCCAGACCGAAAAGGCUUGGACCGCAGCUCGUUCCCCCAUGUGAUUACCGCUUUAACAUGAGAUGCCUGAAUAGCGAGCGCAGAGGUGUGGUGUGAUUGGACAGCAAAGCGAUUUCAACCAGUCUGUGUAAGCUUGUGGCUAAAUAGUUACCCAGUGGAUUUUCAUGCCUUCCAUCCACCCAGUCCAGACAUUCAGUUGUGUCCCAUUCCAGAUGUCAAAAGAAUGGAAAAACAUCAAACACACAACCGCCAUGCUAACAGCCAGCGUUGUGUUCGACGAUGCUGCCUAUCGAGCCAGCACAUAAUGUUUGCCACCAUAGUGCCGCCGUGACAUUUCCAAUGUAUAAUGUUUGUUUAACAGUUUCCUCCGAGAUGUUAAGAUGGAUUGAAACUUAGAAUCCCAGAGUUGAUGCUGCCGUGUUGAUGGCGCGUGAAGAACAUCUGUGAAACACACCACAUAUUGACCCCUGUACCAGAAACUCCCUCUGCCUCCAAUCAUACAAAUACAACAUCUUAACAUGGGAGACUGGACCUACAUUUCUCCACUGCCCCCCCCCCCCCCCCCCCCCCCCCCCGCCCCACUAAAACAAACCAGAACAACGUAUUGUCCUAAAGAUGGGGUAGCUUUACAUUGCAUUUAUCUUUUUCUGUGUUUUAUCUCUGUCAGUAAAUGUGUUGAUAUGCUUCUUGCUUUAAACAAACGGUGUUAAAAAAGGAGGACUACUAAAUUUGUGUUCUUUUCGGUGUAGGUACAAAAAAAAAAAAAAAGAAAACAGAUCCUCUGGUUAGUGUUUCUUUGAAAGUUGGAGAGCCAUUUUUUUUUUUUUUUUUUUUUUUGGCGAGGACCAUGACAGCUACACAAUAGUUUAAGCAUGUCCACAAUGGAGUUACAGUACCCUCCUCUUCUUUUUUUUUAUAACGAAAGACAAAUUUGUUGAUAGCUGUGUUUCUUUUUUUUGUCUCUCUUUUUUUUUUUGAAACAGGAGUUGAUGCAACAGAGUUGACAGUUUUAUAUAUCUUCUACAAUGCAUUAUGGUUGCUAAAAAUAAAAAUACAUGGCAAACGAUUAUUGUGCAUUUUAUUUACACUCCCCCUGAGUCCAGUGCUGGAAUGUAAUUACUACUUAAGUACACAACUUGUACUUUGAGAACUUACAUUUCAUACCACUUAAAUAUUUCUACACUACUACGUUCAAAUGGAAAUAUUGUACUUUUUACUCACUACAUUUAUUUAACAGCUAUACUUAGAAGUAACUUUGCAAACUUUUUAGUAAAAAAAAAAAAAAAAAGAUGCAGUGUUACUUAAACGACCCAACGGGAUAUAUAUAA